AGGUGGCGCCCCCACUACUACUGUGAAAGAGAAACUCUUUCAUUUUGGAUCGUCCAGUUUGGUAGGCAUCCCAAUUAUGGAUGCCAAGUUGCAGACGAAUCGAAAUGCACUGCAUUACUGAACACACAAUUCUACAGCCAUAUUACUGUUAUUAUUACUGACUUAUCUCAUAAAUCUAGCGAGGACUUCAUACUUGGUAAUCUUGCGUCAAUAAAUAUGUCAAAGUAUUCCCUAUAUAAUUAUGACUUGCUAAUGAAAAUGCACAAAAAUUUUUACCUAGACACAAACAAAACACUCCAAAAAAGCUAGGCUUUGCAAUGGAAGUAAGGGCUUCAGCAGUUGGAAAUUUUGUAGUGAACUUCAAUGCAACUAGUAUUGUUAAAGCCUUAGGUCCCCUGCCAGAACCUCACAUCCUCACUCUCUCAAACCUUGACUUACUUUCCGGCCGUUUUCCGGUGACAUACUUCUACUUCUACCGCAGCUCCUCAAACAUUGGCGCCUUCAAGAACUCCCUUGCCAAAACCCUGAAUUUAUUCUACCCUUUCGCUGGAAGAAUCAUUCAAAACCAAAGCACCAAUGAGCCUGAGAUCAUCUGUGACAAUAGUGGCGCUUUAGUUUUAGAAGCUAAUGCAAAUAUUCCCCUUAAAGAUCUAGAUUUCUACAACCUUGAUCGUUCUCUUCCAGGGAAGCUAGUUUCUGUGAAAUCAGAACUGGAUUUCCCUGUGCAAGUUCAAGUGACUAGUUACACUUGUGGAGGCUCUUCAAUAUCGUUCACAUUCGAUCAUGCACUUGGAGAUGGAACUACUUUCGGUAAGUUUCUUCUUUCUUGGUCUGAAAUAGCUCAACACAAGCCGGUAACUUGCACACCAAAUCAUCGGAGACAUCUUCGCGCUCGUUGCCCUCCAACUUAUCACCCUUCUCUCGAUGACACGUUUGUCAAGUGCAGCUUGGAGGAAAUCAUAAACAUCCCCACAAGGUGCAACUUGCUCAAGCGUCUUUAUCAUGUUGAUGCCUCAAGCGUUAGAAGAUUGCACAGGCUUGCAUGUGUUGAUAACAACAGUGAGAAGAUAACCAAAAUCGAGGCUUUCUCUGCCUACGUCUGGAAGCUCAUGGCUACUGCCAUUGAUGGCUGCCACAAGAAGUGCAAGAUGGGUUGGUUAGUUGACGGACGCAGUAGACUUGGCGGGGGACAAAACCAAAACUCAAUGGCGAAUUACAUGGGCAAUGUCUUGUCUUUAGCUGUUGGAGAGGCCAGUGUUGAAGAACUGAAACGGGGUUCUUUAUCAGAAAUUGCUAAUAAUGUUAGAGUGAUAAUAGCAAAGGCAACAAAUGAGGAUCAUUUCUUGGAUUUGAUUGAUUGGGUUGAGACUCACAGGCCUGGAUUAAUGCUCUCAAGACAUGUGUUGGGGAGAGAAGGUCCGUCAGUGGUUGUGUCAUCAGGGCGGAGGUUCCCGGUGGCAGAACUGGAUUUCGGGUUUGGCAAGCCAGUGCUCGGAACUAUGAGCAGCACUGUAGAGAAGAUCGGAGUUAAUUACUUGAAUCAAAGGCCAAGCGCUAAGUGUGACGGUUCCUGGACUGUUUCUGCCAUACUGUGGCCAGAACUUGUUGCUGCACUGGAAUCUGAUUCAAUUUUUCAACCCAUGUGUGCUAUUCACCUUCAACUUUAGAAAGUUAGUAAUACAGACACGUUGCAUUAUUUGUAGUAUAAUUAUCCAAUAAAAAUGUUUUUAUACACACACACACACCUCUAUAUAUAUAUAUUUCUAAGACUCAAUUAUGAUGGUUUUUUAUAACUUUUAAUUAACAGAAAGCAAUGUAAUAUAAGAAUGAAAGUUUAUAGAAUCAAUGUGUAUUCAAAACUGCGUACACAUAUCAUUUGUUGUAUAUAAAAAGAAGAGAAAGAACCAAUUACUGGAAACUAAAUAUAUGAAUAAUGGUGUAACAUAAAAAUAAAGGGAAUACCC